CGGCUUAACUACAAGCCAGAUACUUCCUCACUUCUUCAAAGGGCAUCAUCCACCCACGUAUACACAAUGACGUCCAGAAACCUGAAUCGCACCAACAUCGAUAUCAUCUUGAGCGAGUUCAAGAAAGAUCGCGCAGCAGGUGCCCCGUUCCCUAUUCGGUAUCUCUUAUUCGAUCGCAAAUUUGGCCGAGACAUAUUCUACGAAAUUCGGCGGGACAUCGAGCCGGAUCUUCUCAAGAGCGCUUUAAAUCAGUACGUCCGCGAGCGAGGCACGACAAUCAAGUAUAGCCAUGAUGCUUUUCAAGCUUGGCCACGACAUUCCUCCCAGGAGGAGGAUGAGCCCAACCAAUCUGACGGCGGCGUCAACAAUCAUGCUUCUGCUACUUCCUAGCGUGGGCGAGCGGCUGGCAAUUGUCGAUCUACCCCGACAGCGAAUGCGAAACAAGACCAAGUGCGAGCUUCUUGUACCGAGUUGACAAGCAGUCGCCGCGGAUUUGGGCGAGAUAACGUG